ACACAACAAAAAAUUAUGCAAAUGAAAACAAUUACGUCACGGUUAUACUAAAACCAAGAAGAAGACGACCGAAAAACAACAAAAAUAUACUUUGUUGAGAGAAAAGGUGUUGUUUUGCUUAAAAAGCAGAUACAUUUAUUAAAAUUUUUAUUUCUUAAAGAUAAGCAGUGAUUUUUUGUAUCUGUUUUUAGUAUCUGGUACAUUUUACAAGUAAAUUUCCAUAAAAAAUGUUAAGAAAUUUAUUAAAAUGUACAAAAGCUUUGGCAAAAACUAAAUGGCAGCCUCUACAAAAAGAAUUUAUUUCAGCAGCGACUGCGGUUGGUUCCAGACGUUAUAUUGGCUUGCAGCAUGGUCAAAAUGAUCCCUACUAUGCGGGUACUAUGGCAGAAGUUAAAGAAGAAAUCAUGAAUCGUUUAGGCUUAGAGGCCGGCUAUUCGCCCGUGCCCAGAACCCGAGAACAUCUUUUGAAAUAUGAACCAAAACUAUCCGAUUUACCACCACGCUCUAUGCAGGACUCCUUUACCUCUGCCAUUUUACCCUUAAGUGUGGAUAAGAAUUUACAGGAUAAAUACAUCUCAUUUUUGGGUAAUGUACGUAUGGGACGUUUAAUGGAAGAUAUGGAUUUGUUUGCCGUCUGGGUGUGUCAUCAACAUGUUAAACUCAAUAAUCUGCCGGAAAAUGUCCACUUGCCUUAUACUUUUGUUACAAUUUUGGUAGAUAAAAUAACAUUUUCUGAUAUGAAGGCUAAAGCCACCGAAGAUGUAAGAAUUUCGGGACAUGUUUCUUGGGUGGGUAAAAGUUCUAUGGAGAUAGUGGUGUGGUUAGAGCAAAAAGAUAAUGGUGUUUGGAGAAAAAUCACAAGAGCUUUGUUUUUAAUGGCUGCUCGUAAUGCCACCAAUACAGCGGCUGCUCCUGUCAAUCCAAUACAGCCGGCCAAUGAGGAGGAAACUAAAAUCUUAAAUGGUGGAGUAGAACGUAAAAAACGUCGUCAAAUACUGCAGGCUUCCUCCAUAUUUAAAGUGGAACCCAAUGACUAUGAACAGUCAUUAAUGUAUGAUUUAUUUAAACGUACUACCCCACAAACCACCAUGGAAUUGAAUAAACGUGUUUUACCACCCAAAUGUCGUUGGAUGUCUGAUUCAUUUGUUACCAAUACCAUGGCCUCAUUUCCGGAAAAUCGUAAUGCUCAUAAUAAAGUAUUUGGUGGUUUCCUUAUGCGUAAUGCUUUAGAAAUUAGUUGGGUGGGUGCUAAUCUCUAUUUAAAGAGUCGUCCUAAAUUGGAACAUAUCUGCGAUAUUAGUUUCGAACAACCGGUUAGUGUUAACUCGUUCAUUAAAAUGACUGCUUAUGUGGUUUAUACCGAUGUUAACUAUUUACAAAUGAUGACUGUGGCCGAUGUUAUAGAUGCUGCUACGGGCAAUCAAUUAACUUCAAAUGUUUUCUAUUAUACAUUUUCCUCGGCGGAUGAGGUGCCAGUGGUUUUACCUAAAUCUUAUCACGAAACUAUGUGGUAUAUUCAGGGACGUCGUAAGUUUAAGUAUGCCUUGGGUUUGGAGUAAAUGUGCCAACGAGAUGAAAUUAUUUUAUUUCGCAAAUAAAACGAAUUUAGUUUAAAUAUAAACAUGUUUGGAUCAUUAAUUAUGCAUUUUACUUAUUUAUUUAAGUUAAAACUGCCUAUUUAUUUGUUUAAUUUGCUUAUUUAAGUAUUUCUUGUUUUAAUUAUUGGUUUUAGCAACGAUAUUAAAGUUUUUGUACUUAUUUAUUUUUUUAUAAUCGACGAAAUUAUAUUAAUCAUAUCAUUGAUUAUUGUUUUUUGAACUAAUUAAUAAAGUUUCUAUAAAGUAAAAAAUAUACAU